CCCCCGGCCCCCCCAGGACGCGGCGGCGAUGCUGUGACCUACAUUCGCGACAAGCAGGUCCCCAGCCCGCCGCCACCGCCGCCGGGCCAUGAAGCGACACAAGUGACGCCCCGCGGCCAUGGCCAGCCCGGCACCAUGGCUGCGCUGGACACAAACAGAGCAGACGCGCUGGCAGGGCGAGGGCGAGGGCGAGGGCGAGGACGAGGAGGAGGAGGAGGAGGAAGACGACUUUGAAAGGCGGAUGGACGAGGAUGGGGUCAUCGGCCUGGGGGAGGGUGCCAGGAGCCCACCGUGGGGGCGGGAGUGGACCCCGAGCCUCGCUCUGCACCUCUCCCCCGAUGAGCCCAGCCCCGAGCGCGUCCCCGAGCCCCAGACAGCUGGCACAGGGAUGCCAGCCCCCGGCACCGCUGCCUUGGCACCCACCGGGCAGCCCCAGGGCGCUGGGGGUCCCCCGGCACCCCAAAGGCACGACAGAUCCCGAGUGCCCGAGAAAGCAGCGCCCGCGGCGGUGCCCCCCAAGCCCGCCCGGCAGUCGCGGUCCCUGAGCCCCCGGAGGCGAACGGGCGGCAAGGGAACCAGGGAUCCCUCGGGAACGGGCACCGAGGGCACCCAGUACGGCCGAGGGCGCCUCAACCACCCCCUGCCCGACCUCUCCAAGGUGGAGGCGCGGGUCAAGUUCGACCAGAGCUACCGCCCACCCCGGGGCCGGGUGCUGCCCGCCCGCCCCCGCGGCCCCGGCCGCCCCAUCGGCUUCAAAUCCCCGGCAGAAAUCGUGCGGGAGGUGCUGCUGAGCAGCGGGGAGGGGGCGUCCCCGCAGCCCCCCAGCACCGGGCUGCCGCAGGAGUUCAGGUCCCCCAGACAAGCCACGGCGCUGGUGCAGCAGCUCCAGGACGAUUACCACAAGCUGCUGACCAAGUACGCCGAGGCUGAGAACACCAUCGACCAGCUGCGCCUGGGCGCCAGGGUGAGCCUGUUCUCCGACCCGCCGCAGCCCAGCCGCAGCCUCGCCAUGGGCACCGUGGCCAGCGGGAGCCGAGUGAUGACCUUCAGCAUCCCGCAGGCACGGACUGCGGCUCUGGGCAUGGCCACAGCCCCGGCCUCGCCAGGUACAGCUGCAGCUCCCGGACCGUCAGAGCGGGGGGGUUCACCCCAACCUCGGUCCCCUCCUCUGCCCGGGGUGGGCUGCCCCACCUGCCCCGGGCCGUGCUGCUGCCCCGGCCCCCGCCUCACCCGGGCACUGGCGGGACAGAGCCGCAGGCUGCAGGCACAGGCAAGAACGGGGGGCGGCUGGGGCGUGGAGAGAUGCAGGAAAGGGGAGCUGUAG